AAGUUAUGACACUCUUCUUUCACCUUAAACCCAAAAUAAAUACCCAAAAAUUAAAUAAAAUAAAAAAACAAAAAAAAAAUUACGAGAAGAAGAAACUUUCAAGUCACCUCCGCUUUCUCUCUCAUCAAAAUCCUAAUAUUUUCUCUUCACAAUCUUCGCCUUUCUCUAAAUUCUCUGUUAUUAAUCCAUUCUAUUGAAUUUAUUUUUUCUGCAUUUACAAUUUUCGUCUGCUAAUUCAGGGGGAAAUUAAAAUGUCGUCAAAUAUGUUUUCAAGACUAUUUGGUGCAAAAUCUCGGGAGGUAGCUACUACUGAGAGUACUUUGUUGACGUUGGCAAAAUUGGAUGAGACACUUGAAAUGCUAGUGAAGAAAGAGCAGGUCUUAGAGAAAAGAGCUGCUGCAGAAGUUCAAAAGGCAAAAGAGUUCACAAAAGCGAAGAACAAACGCGCUGCGAUACAAUGUUUAAAGAGGAAGAGGUUGUAUGAACAGCAAGCAGAGCAGGUUGGAAAUUUUCAGCUGCGAAUCCAUGAUCAGAUCAUAAUGCUCGAUUCUGCAAAGGCAACGACAGAGACAGUUGCUGCCUUAAGAUCUGGUGCUAAUGCUAUGAAGGCCAUGCAGAAAGCAACGAAUAUUGAUGACGUGGACAAGACAAUGGAUGAGAUCAACGAGCAGACCGAUAAUUUAAGACAGAUACAGGAGGCACUAGCUUCUCCUAUUGGUGGUGCAGCUGAUUUUGACGAGGAUGAAUUGGAAGCCGAGCUUGAAGAACUUGAAGGAGCUGAGUUGGAAGAACAACUUCUGCAGCCAGCUACGACUGCCCCUAUAGCACCAAUUCAUGCUCCAGUGAUGAAUCCACCAAGGCCGACGCCUCAAAAGAACACCGAUGAAGAUGAACUCGCUGCAUUACAAGCAGAGUUGGCUCUUUAAACACUUCUUCUUUUUUCAUGUUUAUAAAUCUUGUGCCAGAAAAGAAAAUGGCCGAAAAAGGGGAAAGAAAAACAAUUCCUUAUUGAUUGAUGGUGGUAUAUUAAAAAAAUGAGUGUUGAUAGCAUCUCGUUGUCGUGUGUACUAUAUGACCUCAUAUUUCUUGCUAAUGUUACUGUUUAAUUCCUUCGGCGAGAAACUUUUGGUGAUAGAUUUAAGUUAAGAAUCCAUAACUUAUUUUUUACAUUCACAGCAAUAUUCUAUGUACAAUGAGUUGUAAGUUGUAA